ACGGAGAAAGAGAGAGAGAGAGAGAGAGAGAGAGAGAGAGAGAGAGAGAGAGAGAGAGAGAAGAAACGGGAGGAGGGGAUACGGAAAUUAAACCCUUUAAGUCAAUGCAUAUUGUGGUGACACCGGCACAGGAGCCCUCACGGUGGAGUCGGCCAGGGCUGUGCGUUCCCAAAAUAUGACCAGGGGUGCUUGGAUGUGUCGGCAGUAUGACGACGGCUUAAAAAUCUGGUUGGCAGCACCCCGGGAGAACGAGAAACCGUUCAUCGAUUCAGAGCGGGCUCAGAAAUGGCGACUGUCUCUGGCUUCUCUCUUGUUUUUCACAGUCCUGCUCUCUGAUCACUUGUGGUUCUGCGCCGAGGCCAAGCUGACCCGGACCCGGGACAAAGAGCAUCACCAACAGCAGCAGCAACAGCAGCAGCAGCAACAGCAGCAGCAACAGCAGCAGCAGCAGCGACAGCAGCAGCGACAGCGGCAGCAGCAGAGGCAGCGACAGCAGGAGCCCUCCUGGCCCGCGCUCCUGGCCAGCAUGGGGGAGUCCUCGCCCGCCGCCCAGGCACACAGACUCCUCUCCGCCUCCUCGUCCCCCACCCUGCCCCCCUCCCCGGGAGGCGGCGGCGGCGGCAGCAAGGGCAACCGAGGCAAGAACAAUCGGAGCAGGGCUCUUUUUCUAGGAAACUCUGCCAAGCCGGUGUGGCGCCUGGAGACUUGUUACCCUCAGGGCGCCUCCUCUGGUCAGUGCUUCACGGUGGAGAGCGCGGACUCGGUGUGCGCCAGGAACUGGAGUCAGGGGGCAGCCGCGGGGGAGAAACAGUCGUCCAGGGGCUCUCCGUCCACUCCGUUGUGGAACUUGUCGGAUUUUUACCUUUCGUUUUGUAAUUCCUACACACUUUGGGAGUUGUUUUCGGGGCUGUCCAGUCCCAGCACUUUGAACUGCAGUUUGGACGUGGUGCUCACAGAGGGCGGUGAGAUGACCACGUGUAGACAGUGCGUCGAAGCUUACCAAGAUUAUGACCACCACGCUCAGGAGAAGUACGAAGAGUUUGAAAGUGUGCUGCAUAAGUACCUACAGUCGGAUGAGUACUCCGUGAAGUCAUGUCCUGAGGACUGUAAGAUUGUCUACAAAGCCUGGCUCUGCUCCCAGUACUUUGAAGUCACACAGUUUAACUGCAGAAAGACAAUUCCAUGCAAGCAAUAUUGUUUGGAGGUGCAGACCAGGUGUCCGUUCAUAUUGCCCGACAAUGACGAAGUCAUCUACGGAGGCCUCUCCAGCUUCAUCUGCACAGGGCUCUACGAAACCUUCCUAACCAAUGAUGAACCCGAAUGCUGUGACAUCAGGAGCGAGGAGCAAUCCGCACCCCCACCCAAAAGGACCGUGGACAGGAAAGACUCCUGCCCCAGGACAUCGCUCACAGUGUCCUCUGCCACCAGACUGUGCCCUGCCCGGCUGAAGCUGUGUGUACUCGUCCUCAUCCUACUUCACACAGUGCUCACCGCCUCUGCAGCGCAGAACUCCACGGGGCUGGGCCUGGGCGGCCUCCCCACGCUCGAGGACAACUCCACCCGGGAGGACUGAGUACAGCCUCAGCGUGUGCGCAAGGCGCAGGGCUGGGCAGUUGCGUGCU